UUCCUGCAAUCCGGCUUCCUGUUUACGUCGCACCACAGCCAUUUUCGAAGUAGCAGUCGACAUUUUUACUUGGAUUUACCUCUUCAGAUUUUUCAAGCUACACGUAAUAAUGAAAUUAUUUAAUCAAACAAUGGAAGUACAUUGCUAUGACUAUCGAUUGUCAGCGUUAAAUCUCAACUAAACGAGAAAAAUCUCAAUAGUUUGACGUAUUCAGGAGUUAACAUUGUUUGUCGCCAUGUACACUUUACUAUCAGGCUUGUAUAAAUACAUGUUUCAAAAGGAUGAAUAUUGCAUUUUAAUACUUGGACUGGAUAACGCUGGCAAGACGACUUUUCUGGAACAAACCAAAACAAAGUUCAGCAGGAACUACAAGGGGAUGAAUUUGUCCAAGAUCACCACCACAGUUGGACUGAACAUCGGUACGAUUGAUGUGGGUAAAGCUCGUCUCAUGUUCUGGGAUCUGGGAGGCCAAGAAGAACUUCAGUCUCUGUGGGACAAAUACUAUGCAGAGUCACAUGGAGUCAUCUAUGUCAUCGACUCCACCGAUGAAGAACGUCUCUCUGAAUCGAAGGAAGCCUUUGAGAAAAUGAUCAGCAGUGAGGUUCUAGAAGGUGUUCCUCUCCUGGUUCUGGCCAACAAGCAAGACGUAGCGAACUGUUUGUCAGUGUCCGACAUUAAAACCUCCUUCAGUGACUGUGCGCCUAAGAUUGGCAAGCGAGAUUGUCUGGUGCAGCCAUGUACGGCCCUCACAGGGGACGGAGUGAACGAGGGCAUUGAAUGGAUGGUCAAGUGUGUUAUUAGAAACAUCCACCGACCGCCUAGACAGAAGGACAUCACAUAGACGGACCCUCUCGGCGUUCGGGACAUUCUUCUCAAGAAGUUGACAUUUAAAGAACUUGUAGUCCGCUACUCUGGUCCAGGCCAAAAACAUACUUGGUGGUCGGUUCAGCCUGAUUUGCCUUCACACUUUUUGUCAGCGGACCAAAUAAUGCCCAGUUAUCGAUAUGCAAAAAGUUGCAUCUUGAUUGGACAGUGUUUGUAAGAUGUAAAUUGUCUUAAACAACAUGGCGUACUCCAGGUCACAAACACUCGUAGGACAUUCCUUUCUAUGCCAGAAAGAGAUCCAUCACCCACCCUGUUUGGUCCUGGACUGCAUUCACACUUGACCAAACCGUACCAGCUCAGCAAACAGACUUUAUUUUUUUUUUUAAAUGAACUGAAAAUGUGACAUUUGAGCACACCCUGUCCUUCUGUCUGAAUCAUUUUUACAAAACAUCUCUGACUUCUUCCAGAUUUGAACGAAGUCAUGUGUUUUGCUACUAAUCAUUGUUAUUGAUGCAUCAUUUUAAAAUAGUGUACAUUAUAUAUUGUGCUUCAGCCCCUGCAAGCUGUAAAUAAAAUGUACAGUGGUUGUCGACAUGA